AUGGCUGCAAACCUCCAAAUCAGUGUAUAUAAUCCAUUCCUCCUCCCAGAAAUCGUGUCACUCGUCAUCGACAAUGUUCACAUGGCUCCAGAUCUCCUGAACUGUGCUUGUGUCAAUAGCGUCUGGAGUGCAGAAGCUCUCAAGAAACUCUACUUGGGUUCCAUCAAUGAUAUGCAGCUCCGUACACCUGGCAUUGGAUCACUGAACAGCUUGUAUGCAGCGUCGCGAACCCGCUUCGCCCGGAAUAUCAGCUUCGUCAAGCAUCUUUUACUUGCGCCAGAAACACCGGCGAUAGAUGACGCUGCGGAUCCUACUCGGCUUGCAUCCUUUGAAAAGCCUCGCGCGCUGCGUCAUCGGCAAUCUACAGAACUCCUCUUGCGGCCACAGGGAAGGGGUUUUCAGAGUCUCACAAUCCCUUACGAGAUCAUAGAUCAAGAUUGGACAUCCAUAUCUGAUUUUUUACUUCCCCCCACUGUGGAGUACUUGGCUAUUGACAAUAUUUACUGCGCGAAUUUGAUGGCUCACUUCAGUGGAUAUCCAGCCCUACUUGAUGUUGGUUUGCACGCCCUAUCAGCUCUUUGGAAGAUGACUUACCACCAUAAUAGAACAGACUUGCCAAUGUCAAGGCUCUCACAAUUUAUAAAUCUGAUUUUGAUCAAACGGUCAAUGAGCUUUGUGUCCUCCUGA